CGGGGCGGGGGCACGCGCCUCGCCAAGCGCUACGUGGGCCUCUACACGGGGCCCUACUUCGACCCCACAGCGCCCAACAACAUAACCGCCCAGCUCGGCACUCACGCCUACCUACCGUGCAAGAUCCGGCAGCUGAGCAACAAGUCGGUGUCGUGGAUCCGGCGCCGCGACGCACACAUCCUCACCGUCGACCGCUUCACGUUCAUCGCCGACGAGCGCUUCCAGGCCUUCCUCGUCGAGGCUACCGACACCUGGACUCUGCAGGUAAAGUACGUGCAGGCGCGCGACGCCGGACUGUACGAGUGCCAGGUCGGCACCGAGCCCAAGAUGAGUCACUUCGUGCAGCUCAACGUUGUCGGUGAGUACCGCCUCGUCGACAUCCGCACCGAGCGCCUGCCGCCCGACACCACGGUGGGCAAUUUAAUAAUUUACAAUCCACGGAGAGAAGACUCCGGUAACUACUCGUGUUCGCCUUCCAACCUGGACGCGGCAUCGGUGGUGCUGCACGUGUUGAGCGGGGAGCAGCCCGCAGCCAUGCAGCACGGCAACGCGGGCGAGCGCGCGACGCCGCCCCGCGCCGCCCUGCUGCUGCUGCUGCUGCUGCUGCUGGCCGCGCUGCAAAUAUUAAUGUGUCACGACGAAGAUGAUCCCAAAUAGCGUCCGGCCGGCGGUGGGGCGGCGCCGGG